AUGGCGGCUUAUCCGACCAUACGAGACGAUCCCUUGGCGGAGAAGAAGAGGAAGGUGGGUGUGUGGAGCGAAGAGGAAGAUGACUACUUGGCGGCCAGACGCGACGAAGAAUCAGCUCCCCGCCCUGUGAAAAUCCCCACGCUCGAUCGCUUCAAGCCCCCGACCCGGUUUCACAUUGCCGAGCUCUUCUCCGUCCGUGAAUCCGGAAGCCAGGCCGUGCUCUCCGCUGCCAAAUUCCUUCUAGGGGUUUCAUCCUCCCUUGUUGGUGAACCGCUGAGACGCUGCUCCGGCUUCUGGGUCGGUUGGGAUGCGGAGAAGAAAACCGGCCUUGUUUUGACAACUGCGCGGCUGAUUCGCACAAAGGACGCUCCUUACAGCGUCUGGACAGGCGGCCAAGAGUAUGCCCCUAAUGCUGAUGUCACUGUUCAUUUGCUAAAUGGCACUAGUGCAAAGGGCGAGCUUGUCUACUAUCAGCCCCAUUACGAUAUCGCUUUCUUGAAUGUUGAGGUGGAUCAACCAAUCAAGUUACCAUCUCUUCGUGAAAAAGAUGUAGAAUUUGCUCAAGAGGUUUUUCAGCUAGGAAGAGACAAUUCCUUAAAUCUAAGGAUAGCAUAUGCUAGGGCAGAAUAUCUGAAUCCAAACUUGUUUGAGCGGCACCACAACGUGUACUUUUGUUCUCCAGAUGGCCAUGACGAUGAUAAUAAUGAGUAUGACAAUGGGGGGCUAGUUAUUGACUUGAAUGGAAAAGUUGUUGGAAUGGUCAACGACCCUGAGAGAUUUGGGUCUUUUAUACCUUCUUCCAUUUUGCUCAAUUGUUUGGAUUCAUGGAAGAGAAGGGGAGCCUUGGCGCAGUGGUAA